CCUGCUGGCUGCGCUCUGCAUCUGGGGACACUCACAGCUCUCAGCGCCCGGCCCAGCUUCUUUCAAAAUGUCUACUGUUCAUGAAAUUCUGUGCAAGCUCAGCUUGGAGGGUGAGCACUCUACACCCGCAAAUGCUUAUGGGUCAGUCAAAGCCUACACCAACUUUGAUGCCGACCGGGAUGCUUUGAACAUUGAAACGGCCAUCAAGACCAAAGGUGUGGAUGAGGUCACCAUCGUCAACAUUCUGACCAACCGCAGCAAUGAACAGAGACAGGACAUCGCCUUCGCCUACCAGAGAAGGACCAAGAAGGAACUUGCAUCAGCACUGAAGUCAGCCUUGUCCGGCCACCUGGAGACGGUGAUUCUGGGCCUAUUGAAAACACCUGCUCAGUAUGAUGCCUCCGAGCUGAAGGCCUCCAUGAAGGGCCUGGGGACCGAUGAGGACUCUCUCAUUGAGAUCAUCUGCUCAAGGACCAACCAGGAGCUGCAGGAAAUUAACAGAGUCUACAAGGAAAUGUACAAGACUGACCUGGAGAAGGACAUUGUUUCUGACACAUCUGGUGACUUCCGCAAGCUGAUGGUUGCCCUUGCCAAGGGUAGAAGAGCAGAAGAUGGCUCUGUCAUUGAUUAUGAACUGAUUGACCAAGAUGCCCGGGAUCUCUAUGAUGCUGGAGUGAAGAGGAAAGGAACCGAUGUUCCCAAGUGGAUCAGCAUCAUGACCGAGCGGAGCGUGUGCCACCUCCAGAAAGUAUUUGAAAGGUACAAGAGCUACAGCCCUUAUGACAUGUUGGAGAGCAUCAAGAAGGAAGUCAAGGGGGACCUGGAAAACGCUUUCCUGAACCUGGUCCAGUGUAUCCAGAACAAGCCCCUGUAUUUUGCUGACCGACUGUAUGACUCCAUGAAGGGCAAGGGGACACGCGACAAGGUCUUGAUCAGAAUCAUGGUCUCCCGCAGCGAAGUGGACAUGUUGAAAAUCAGGUCUGAAUUCAAGAAGAAGUACGGCAAGUCCCUGUACUACUACAUCCAGCAAGACACCAAGGGUGACUACCAGAAAGCGCUGCUAUACCUGUGUGGUGGGGACGACUGAGGCCCGAGACGGCUCGAGUGUCCGGAAGCAGUGCUCCUGUGCUUCCAGCUAAUGAUUCUAGAAAAUCAGCUUGCGACUAAUAGCACGCCUCCCCCGCACCCCCCCGCCCCCGC